UCCAUAGCAUAGCCACUCAGAAGAAGAAGGUUGGGGUGAUUCCUCCUAAGAAGUUCAUAACAAGAUUACGGAAGGAAAAUGGCAUUGUCCUGGGUGCUGAAGAUACAGUAGUGAAUGAGACAGAAAAGAUCCUUAUUCUCAAGAAACCUAACUUUUUGACAACUACAUGCAGCAAGAUGCCCAUGAAUUCUUAAAUUACCUACUAAAUACAAUUGCUGAUAUUUUACAAGAAGAAAGAAAGCAGGAAAAACAAAAUGGCCAUUUACCUAAUGGUAAUAUUGACAAUGAGAACAACAACAGCACACCAGAUCCAACGUGGGUUCACGAGAUUUUUCAGGGAAUACUGACAAAUGAAACCAGAUGUUUUACUUGUGAAACUAUAAGCAGCAAAGAUGAAGAUUUUUUAGACCUUUCUGUUGAUGUGGAACAAAACACAUCGAUCACUCACUGCUUAAGGGGUUUCAGCAACACAGAAACUCUGUGCAGUGAAUACAAAUAUUACUGUGAAGAAUGUCGCAGCAAACAGGACGCACACAAACGGAAGAAAGUUAAAAAACUGCUCAUGAUUCUGGCUCUGCACCUGAAGAGGUUUGAAUACCUGGAUCUGCUUCAUCGAUACACAAAACUGUCUUACCGUGUAGUGUUUCCUUUAGAACUUCGUCUGUUUAACAACUCUGGUGAUGCGACCAGUCCUGACAGAAUGUAUGACCUUGUCCCUGUGGUGGUUCAGUGUGGAAGUGGUCCCAACUGA